AAUUCUCAAUUGUGUUUUAUAAAAUCGUAAAAGAACAAUUUUAAUAUGAAGGAUAUCGUUCACAAACAGCUUUAUUCAACACUUCGAAGCCAAGUUCUGUCCUCUAAUGGAAAAUAUUUGUUUGUAGUUUCAAAUCAUUUCGACAUCGCUACUUUUGCUGUUGAGAAAAUAGCAUCAUGUAUUGAAAGUAUUACCAAUGAUGACAUUUCAAAUCCAAUAUCUAUAUAUAAAUGUAAGGAAAAAGUUUUCUCGCUUGCUUUCAAUCGAGAUUUUCUGAUUGUCGGAUCUUCUGGAAGUGUUAAUGGAUACCAAAUUUCUGAUUCUGGAGCAAUUCUAAAACAGUCAUGGUCGAUUCAACUUAAUGUGAAUAUUGAAUCUUAUGAAGUUAGUGAAGUAAACGAUCUUUGGGUUGAUUCAGAAAACGAUCGAAUUUAUGCUGCAUGUGGCGAAUCAAGCAUUUAUGUUUGCUCUCUCGAAGACGGUUUCGUCAUUAAAAAUCGCCCUACUUAUGGAAAAUGGAUUGGCUCAGCAAGCAUCAACAACGAAUGGGUUGCAACUGGUGGAGGCCCAAGUCUUGCACUUUAUCACGUUAGAAAUCGUCAACCUUUCCAAAUUUUUGACUUCCCCAAAGAAAUUCACGUUACUGGAUUUGUAGAAGACAACCUCCUUGUUGGUGGUGAGUCAAACAUUCUAUGCCAAUAUUCGUUCAAAGGAGAUGUGAUGUCAGAAAUUGAAACAUCAGGUCCAUGUGUUCUUUCUGUCGUAUGGCAAACAGCACCAUUCCGAAAAUUUCUAACAGCUUGUGGUGCAAGUAAUAAAAUUGAUGUUUCAACAAACUUCAAGUACAAAGACACGACUCUCAAUUUUUAUUCAAAGAACUCUUGA